ACUGCACACAGCUCUGGGGGGUCUAUUUAGUCACACACUCGCACUUCGAGCCUCGCAUGAAUAACGCCCAUACCGUCCUAUAACAGCGGUUAAUAGUGGAGGUAAGGAUGCUGUCAAAAUAGGUAGUUUUGGGUUUUCUUUACCGGUACUGUAAAUGGGUCUUGUCUUUCCUUUCCGAAUCCAUGCGCCGAAAGUACAGUAAUUCCGUCGACGAUAAGGCGUUCUAUCAAGUACCACAUACAGGCAACAAGAUAACCAUAACCUUAUUUUGUUUCCCUCCUUUAUACCACGUUGUUUGCCAUCCGAUCAUUCUCAGCAUUUGGAAUGCGGGACACAGACAUAUUUUUAGCAAACCUGGUCAUUAUCGAAUCGUGUCCGGGAUUCAGGAGGAAAACCAGGCCCCGCCCCCAAGUAGCACUUAAAAUAUCGUUUUCCACUUUGCUCGCAAAUGCACAGCUUUGAGGAUUCUACCUCAGCCUGCAGCCCUAGACCCCCACCCGUAGUGCCAAGUCGCUUGUAUAUUGAUCCUCACCACAGCUGGGAGCGCUAGCCCACCAAACCAACACUAGAAUGGGGUCUGGCCAGCCUGCUGCACUCCUCGAGGGAUCGGCGCAUCUACCUGGGCAACUUGCUCUACGAUGUCCAGCCGGCCGAAAUCAAAGACGCGCUCGUGAAAAACGACUUCGGAGCCUACCAAGAUAUCCACAUCUCCGUAGACCCCGUGACCGCUCGAAACCCAGGCUACUGCUUUGUUGACUUACCGGACCGCGCCACCGCUGAGCGCGCCCUCACAUCUUUCCACACCAGCAUCCGCGGCAGGCCCUUGAAGGUCGGCCCCUGCGAACCUAAGAAGCAGAAUGCGAGUGGCAGAAACAGCAGAUGGAGGAAUAGCAACAAUGUCGGUGGGGCGAACCCCGCCUUCAACAGAUGGGGCAACUGGUCCGGACAGAGGACCUCAUCGUCGAGGGACUCCGAUGAGUAAAGGGGUGCCGGUCGGCAUCAUUGACGAGCGUGGCAUUGAGCAAGGGCCGUACGGGGCCAUUGAACACUUCAGCCAGUCCCACGUAACGAGCGGCCGACGGCUUUAUGUAGGCGGGCUGGACAAGAUGAUCAACCAGCAGCACAACCAGGAGGAAGUGCGAGAGAUUCUGGCGGGCUCGCACCCUAUCGCCAUCAGUAAACGCAUCACUCCGCACCCGUCCACGAGCAACAUGCCGGGGAAACACCAUUACUGCUUCGUUGACUUUGCGACCGCCCAAGAAGCUUCCACCGCCGCAAUGGCGACAAACGGGAGGUUCUGGGCCGGUGGACGCCUGCGCGUCAGCAUGGCCAGAGAGGUCCCAGAUAGGCUCAGAGAACGCGCCGUCCCGGCUAAGGACAAUGAGACUUUGCGGAAGAGGGCUGCCGACGAUGAUCCACUCUCGGCUGGCCAGCAGUCAUCAUGGCGCAAACGACCUGCUAACGACCACAGUGGCGUUGGGACCUCUCAACCCACUGGAUCUCUUGCAUCUGCAAGUUGGCGUUCAAAAAACCCUGAACAGAAGCCGAACGUGAUGUUGAGCCUUGGAAUGGCGGUAUUGCAUAAUCCUUGGACCAAAUUGACGAGAUGUAUAAUUAACUACAAAGUCUAGGUCCAGGCUGUGUUGGUUAAUUUGUUCAAUGUUCCAAUUUUGGUUUGCAUUCGCAAUCGUGAUAAUUAUGGUUACUAGGCUGUAUGACCCUGCACUAGAUGCUGCGUGUGAGGAUCAACC